AUUGACGCCUGGUUCUUCUUGAAUUUUGCAAGGAACAACUCAAUCAGCCACCAUGGCUGAAUCAGAAGAAGAAGAUCAGUACCAAUCUGAUGGAGACCAAUGGAGUCAAAGAGAAGAGAGUUUAGUCUUGUCUGAUGAGGAGGCUGAUUAUGAGUCUCCACCGUGGCCAGGAGAUGACGACUUAAGUUCUUACUAUGGAGAAGAGUCUGAUAAAGAAGAGCUUGAGCCAGACCCACCAUAUUACAGCAGAGUCAACACCAAUCAAUCAGCUUGGUAUAGAGAUGAAGAGACAGACCGAGAAGAAGGUGUAGAAGGUGACCAGGAAGGAGACACUUGGCCGGAGGAAACUGAGUCUCAACAUCACGAAGGAGACUACAACACGGAGCCAGAAGGCAGAGACGACUCAGAGCAUAGAGAUUUCGCUCAUGGAGAAGAAGGCCAAACCUUAGAACCUUACCAAAGGCCAUGGUGCGAAAUAACUGAUUCUGAAAUCAGCUCAAGAGAUGGUGACGGCUUUGAUGGUGAUGAUGAGCCUUGGGAUCACGAGUCUGAGCAAGAAGAAGAUUGUGUUGACAAGUCAGAGCAUGACAAGAAGAAACAAGAUCAAAACAAAGCAGACAACAACAACACCACCCUACACGAACCAUACAAUGCAACAACAGAUGAUGAGGCAGAUUAUGAGCCACACCACAUCUAUUUUUCAGGUCAUAAUCAAGGUCCAGAAGCUUACCUACAGUGGGAGAAUGAUAUGGAGCAUUGGUUUAGGUCCAUCAACAUACCAAAGGAAGAGAGACUCAACUACGCCAUUAACUCACUUAAUGGAGAAGCUUCUACAUGGUGGAUACAAGAAGAAGCUCUGGCCAACUACAAAAAUUCGGCCUUCACUUGGGGUAACAUCAAGCAGCUUAUGUACAGGGAGUUUGUCCAGAAGUCCCACAACCGCAGCUAUACCCCUAAGAGGUCACUGUUUCAAACAACUACUACAAGCUGGAUACCAACACCAAAACUACAGCCUGUUUCUAAGCACAAGUUGGAGAAAGCUUGCUUUCAUAUUCCAAAGAAAGCGCUCCAGAACACUUUGGAGAAGAAGACCGAGGUUAAGAAGCCAGAAAGAACAAAAGAAGCUAAGCCAGCCCCAAAGGAACCCGACACAGCCCAUACACAGAGCACAAAACCGAAGCAUGAGACUCAAGGUAAAGAAAAGCAAUGUCUAGAACAUGAAGUGGAUCACACUGUAGAGGCAGUAGACCACGAGGCAGCUACUAAGAAAGAUGAAUUUGCCACCAGCUUCAUUACAAUCCAAGAAGAACCACCAGACUACAUGAUGAAUCCAAAAGCCGUGACAAUGAGAGAAACAGAGCUCAACGACAGUUCUGAUCAGGUAAGUAGUCAUUUAUCACCAUUCAGGAAUCCGAAUUCAGUGCUAGGCUCAUCAAAUCCAGGAGAAGUCAAAUUAAAAGAAGUUCUAUUAGAAUGCAUAUCAUAUAUAGAACCGGACAUGAAAAUUAGAUUAAAACGAGUGUUCCAAAAAGAAACAUGUCCCAUUGCUCGUACAAAUAUUUUGACUAUGAUAACACACUAGUUUCUUGUCCAAAAAGAAGAGGUACUUGCAGGAAAUGAUGAGGAGCUACAAGAAGUACAACCGCAAGAAAUCAAUGGAGAAGCAAAGUGUGACAUGGUGAAUGACUUGCUGCCCAAAGAAGCCAGCAUCAGACCUGACAGAGGCGUCAUUGUUUGGUUUCUGAUCAAAGAAGAACCACCAGAUGCCCCACACAACCGAAAUCCGAGCUGCAAGCAAACCAUGCCCCAAGGUCAAGAAGUUUCGAGGACGAAACUUUUCCAAGGGAGAGGGUAUGAUGUGGUCAUCGACCCAGCAAACCAUCACAAAGAGACCCCAAUGACCUUAGACAAACCAGACGGCCCAUCUGAAGCCGAGAGAUGCCUUAUAGAAGCUGAACCGGAGAAAACAAUGGAGCAUAAAGGCGAGCCCAACAGAAGCAGGGAUGAAAACUUGGAGUUUCACCAACCAAAUGCCAUCAAUGAAGGAUAUGAUCGAGCCAAAACACUUUUGAGUCGACCCAUAAAUGAAGAUUCUCAAGAAUCAACUCAAACUCAUGGCCAAAUCAUGUUCAAGCCACCCAAGAAGACCCAUGCGCCUUAUUCAGCACUGAUGAAGUCCGAGAUCAAGUGGUCCAGCUCGACCAACACUUGUAUUACAUUUCUAUCUCACUCAGUGAACGCCUCGAAGUGGAAUCAGUCGAAUUGGAGCUCAGAAGAAGGAGUUAUUCAGUUUACAAAUCAGGUGAUGUCUAACUUCCACGAUUUGGACAUAUGUGCCGUAAUUGAAGGUUUCCGAUUGAACCAGAAGGAUUUAAGCUGUGAACCAACUUGUUCCCUAUUCUUGAUUCAUCAUAGAAUCGGAGACAAUUGGAAUCAAACCAAUACCGGUUAUGGUUGGGAAGUUAUUCACUUUACAAGUUGGAAGAUCCAUUUCAGACCCAAUUGCGCAGCUAGGCUGAAGAUCGUACUCUACAGCCCAACUCAUCCACGUUCUAAGCCCAAAAUUACUUGGAGAAUAUUAUUUGGUCUUUCCUUGAUCCAACGAGCUCAAGAUCCGAAGAAUUGCCCGUUGGAUCCUCAAGUUACACCCAAUUUCCCAAAACGGGUUGACUUGGUUCCAUUUAUGGCAGGUCCGAGCUCUGACUGGUUUAGUUCACUAUCUACAAGGGUUUGGCGCCCAGGAGAGACUCUAAGGCAACUAAGGAAGCUUAGAAACACCUUCCCAUGCACCAGCACCCACAGGAUCAGGCGGAUCCUUCUGCAACUUCACUUGCCAUAUAUAGAUGCAUUCACACUUAGAGGAAUAUCUCACCAACGGCUCUUUUCUCUUGAAUGCUACAACUUGGACGUGUUUUAUGAAGAAACUAAUGUGCCAGAGAAGCUCACCUAUCCCCUCAAACCGUCCAGAUACAAAGG